CAUACAUCGCUACACGACUGUAGAGGCACGCUCUUCCCAGCGGAACUUUGGAGAUCGGAAUUUGCGUUACCCGACAGAAAAUUGUAGUGGGACGAUUUUAAGUUGCGGCCGGAAGAGCUUUGGGCAAACUGCAGCUGCUGUGUAAUUUUUGGAUACACAAUUAAAGGAUAUGUCGGGACUGUCCGAAAAGGAGAAAGAGGGCUGUAAAGAGAUACUAAACUCUCUGUCGAACACGGAGUUGUUCGCUCUGAAAGAUACCGUGACAAAUAGGAUGAUUACAGUCGAGAGUGUGAAAGAAGCAGUGCAGGCCAUCAUAAGUUACAGUCAGUGUGCAGAGGAACUGUUGAAACGCAAGAAGGUGCACAGAGAGGUCAUUUUCACAUACCUGGCAAACCAAGGAGUCGUCAUUCCUCCAAAUGCGGAAAAGCAUGUGCUUGUUAAGAAGGCACUGGAGUACUGGAAGACCCCAAAGCCCAGCGUGGAGUGUCCUUUUACCAGCAAAUCAGAAUGCAUAACCCGAAGCUGCCAGCUGGUGACAAGCCACAGACAAAGAAAAAAAGGUGUCUCCAUUGUGAGAAAACCAGCGGCAGAAAUUAAAACAGACAAUGAAGUACACAAAGAGGGAGGAAACUCCAAGGGCUGCGAUUACCAGGUUUUAGGGGAGGAGUUUUGCAAGUGGUUCUAUCGGAUCCUCAACUCCCAGAAUCCUUCACUGGGGCUGGUGCCACAAGAGUGGGGCCCCCAGCACUUUUGGGAGGACGCCAAACUCAAGUUCUGCUACAGCACCUCAGAGCAGCAGUUUGAGGAGUACCAGGGGGCAGAGCUGGUCAGCCUGCGCCUUCUUGCACUUGUAAGAGACGAACUGCUCUUCCUUAACCCCAACCUGGAUGCAAACGGGCUGAAAUGUGUGUCCUCUCCCCACGGACUGGUGGUGGUGGCGGUAGCUGGAACCAUUCACAGGAACACUGCCUGCUUGGGCAUUUUUGAACAAGUCUUUGGUCUUAUCCGCGCUGCGAUUGGAAACAGCAGCUGGAAAAUAAAGUUUGUGAACUUAAAUAUCACAGGGCAAAAUGCUGUGGAAGAUGGGGAGGCUAAGCACCAGCCACUGCCUACAUUAACAUACCAGUCCAGCGAACUACAGGUCUUCUAUGGAUGACCAUGUCCACAGUUCCCCUCUCCCCAAAGAAUGGCUGCCAAAAUAUAUCGGCCAUAUAUUGCAAGAUAGGGGGAAGUUAAAUGUUAUAUACUGUUCAUGCAGGCUUUGUUUAAAGGCAUUACUCAUUUAUGUUGCAGAAUAGAAGUUAUGAAAUAAAACUUGUGCAUGCGUUUUGGAUCUUUCACUAAGAUCAGGUUCUUUGUUAUCCAGUAUUUUGUAACUGCCCUGACUGAGGAACUCUAGCACGCUGCUGUCAGCAGUAACUGUGGUUUCUGUUAAACACACGGAAAUGAUCAGUUUUAAUGUGGUCAAGCUGGGUUGAUCUAGAUACAUGAUCUUUGUUUUUUGACAAUUCACUCAUAGCUUUAAACACUUGAAACCAUUUUUUUCUCUCCCAUCCUAAACCCAGUGAGGCUCCUGGAGAGAUCAACUUCCAGACCACUAUCUGACCACCAGGGGGAUUCUGUGUGACCACAAAAGACCCCCAUACACACUUACCAGCCAAUUGCUUAAUUCAUUUUUCUUUAAAAAAAUCUAGUUUAACCUGGUAGGAUAAAACUAAAAGUUAAUCAAAUUGACCCCUCAUUGAAGAUUAUUGUAAUGGUAGUUUCCAACAGUAAAGUAUUCCCUGCUAAAAACAAAAAAAUCAGUCAAGUCACAACAUUCUUUAUUAAUCAAGCUGGUUAAUACGUUGAGACAAGCGAAGUAAACACAUUUUUCGGCUAGUCACAGUGUCUUCAUGAGCCAAAAUGUAAUUUGAUGAUUGAGUGUUUAAAGCAAUGGCGUAUAUAAUCUCUACUUUCUCUGGAAGCAAUAGGAGUGUACGCAUUUGUUGAAAAAUGGCUUAUAAUAAGUAUUGCAUUUAUUAACAUUUUGUAUUGUAUACAACAAAAAAGAAUGCUAAGUUUUAAAGAAAGGAAUGCUGAGUGAAGAACUGUCUGUAAACCUGCAUUGUUGCAAAGGAGCAGAAGGGUGUGUGGACAAAGGGGAUGAAUACUUGGCAUGUCCACUCACAUUUUCAACCUGAAUUGGUGCGGGCGGCUCAAAGAUGUCUCCUGUACAGCAGAGAGGACGACAUAUGUCCAUUAUCUGGGCUUCCAUGGUUUCCAGUAUUUGCAAAAUGAUUCUGCAGGUGAGGCUGUUCUUGUCAGGAGAACAAUUGUGCUGUUAAACACAUCCAAUGAUCAGCAGCUUAGAAUAGAAAGAGGUACUUUUAUCACAAAACGGACAUUCUUAGAGAAUGAAAGCUUUUCCAGAAAUUGUGAGUGUCAGCCCAUGACGUCAAGAUUAGAUACUUUGAUUUCCUUCAUAUAGUACACAUGCCACUACAUGUCUGCCAAGUUCUGUGCAAUUCGGGCAUGGGCAAAAAGAAGGCCCUUUGGACUUGCAAAUCUUAAGGUAGGAGUCUGCGUCAGCAUGAAAGCAGUAAGAGGCAGGUGCAUUCCUCAAAAAUCUGGCAAGGAACAAUGAAGCAGUGCCCAAUGCAGAGGGGAUUCUGAGACACAAGGGUCUACUUUGGUUACUAAUGGUUUUGCCAUACCAGUCCGUAAUCUUCAGUUAUUAUAACCAAAAAAAAAUAACAAUGUGAUUUAUUGUUUAACAUUUUUUCUUAAAAAUCCUUUCACCUGUUUUUGUUAGUAAAGAUAAAUACAGUAAAAAGUAUUGCAUUCAAAUGUUGGAAGGGAGUCAUAUGACCAAUAACUGGAGUCAAGCGCACCACUGAGGUGUGAUUUAUGAUUUUGCUUUACAGUGUGGCUUUUAAACGCAAGCAUUUAAUGCAGCUAAUAUCUCGUCGCUGGGUGUCAUUGGCUUUCAGUUUUUUUCUCUAAUAUAUAAUACAAAAUAUAUAAUAGGCCUACAUUGGAAAAGCACAAUGCUUGAAACUUUGUAAAUCAUUGGUUUGUCUGUAUGACGUUUAAGCAUAUCCAAUAAAUGCUUUUUUUUUUUUUUUUUUGUAAAUACAUGAGCGUGUGAAUAGUCCUAGAAUAACUGUUUCCAUGUGCAUUUUGAAGGGGGAUGUGAAACAGCGAUGUUUUACAUGAAAGCCGAGUGCCCAAGGCAUUCACUAGCUUUGUAGUCUUCUGUUGAUUUUGGAGAUAGGAAUAAACAUGUGGGGAAAUUAUUUUGAGUCUUUCCUUCAAAGGCCACUGAACAGUCUCUGUCUUUUUCUGUAGGCUUCUUUUGCAACAAUGUCCUUCCUGUGGCAACAUUUCUUAUAAAAUGCACUGAUCUUUUCACUGUGUGAAAUCUGUCCCCUCCUCCCAUCUUCCUAGCAUUUGGCAUCUGUUUUAAUGAGAGGCCUCUGAACAAGUUCAGAAAUACAAUUUACUGCUGUCUGAGGACGUCAGUGACGUUUUUAAUAGAACAAUCUGUUUGCCCUCAGUAACGUCUACUUAUUUCUAGCCCUUUCAUGUUUUUAAUAUGCAGCAACAUUUUUUCCCCUAGUGUUUCUAAAGAAAAUAUUGGAUAAUAAUAUUUUGGUUUUUAAAAUAAAGUAAUUGCAGAUUAAAGCUAGCAAAGAAAACCACAAAAGAAUACUCUAUCCUCCAUGAUGCUCAGUGGCUGUUUGCCUCCCAUUGCUCUCUAUGUUGUACAGUGUUCCUUUCACUUUUUUCUCUAGUAGGACACUGUAGGUACAGGGUGUUAAACAGUGUGUUCUAUUCACUUGUUUCUCUAGUAGGACGCUGUAGGUACAGGGUGUUAAACAGUGUGUUCUAUUCACUUGUUUCUGUAGUAGGACACUGUAGGUACAGGGUGUUAAACAGUGUGUUCUAUUCACUUGUUUCUCUAGUAGGACACGGUAGGUACAG